AUGGACUUUGAUGAAAGAUGGAUUGGGUGGAUAAAAUAUUGUAUAUCCACAGUUAACUUUUCAGUCCUGAUUAAUGGAUGUCCUCAGGGUUACUUCAAGUCUUACAGGGGGCCAAGGCAGCGGGAUCCUUUGUCUCCUUAUCUAUUCUUGCUGAUGAUGGAGAUUCUAAGCAUCCUGCUUCAAAAUGCAGAAAAUUUGGGAUGGAUCAGAGGGUUGAAGUGUAGAAGAAGUGAGGGAGAAAUCUCACACAUACUUUAUGCAGAUGAUACUUUGAUUUUGUGUGAAACUGCGAUAGAUCAAAUUUUACAUCUUAGAGGAGUUCUAUUAGCUUUUGAAGCUCUCUCAGUAUUUAAAGUGAACUCGGCGAAGAACAUUAUUGGUUGUAAGGUGGAGCAGCUCCCUACGGCUUACUUAGGGCUGCCUUUAGGAGCUAAAAAGAAUGACCAGAAGAAUGUGGCAGGGAGUUCUGGACAGGUGUAG